AUGAGGCAGGCAAUCAUAUCUGAAGGAAUAGUGACGUGGAGGUCCAUUCGAAACCGGUCUCGUCGUUUCUCUCCGCUCGGAGGCCCACCGGCCGUUCCUCCUCACACAGUACUCAUUCACACUCGAAACCCUCACAUCACGGUACUGUCUUCCUCCUUCUCCUCCUCCAAGACUCCAACUCAGUGUCAAGGUCCUCUCUCUUUGUUCAUUGUUGGCCGUUCAGCUAGCCAUCCUCACUCGCUUGCCUCUCACACCUUUCCUGGUCUUUCCCUUUCCAGGAAAUUGGAUUUCAUUCAACUGCCUUUUAAGAUGGCACUUGCUGCAAACAGGAUUCCAAGGGAUUCUGUUCUGACUCAUCAGACAUCUCUCUGUAGAUAUCACGAGAAGCAGAAUUUUUCCUUGUCAACGAUAAACAGAAUACAACUUUCAAGAAGUGGAAUGAGACACGGUCUUCUAGCAAAAAGAUCAGCCCUAUUGAGUGUGGGGCUUCAGUGCUUAUAUGGAAAACCAUUUAGAUUUAUCUCGAAGAAAGUUUUUUUCUUGUGCAAAUCUUCGAGAGCAAAUAAUACUGAAGAGAAAGAAUGUGAUACAACUUACGAUGAUGUUGCAGGCAUUAUUGGUUCACACACUAAAGCUAACAAAAGCGACCUCAUUCAUUCGGGUCAGGGCUUGGCUGGAGCUUGUACGUAUGCUCAUGAAGAUGCAAAGUUUUUGAAUGAAACAGCUCGUAGUGACAUUUCCUUGCUCUCAUGUGGCAUGACGACUUUGGAGGCCCAUGCACGCCAAUAUGUUGCUUUUCUAGGGACAGAAUUUCUCAAACUUGACGCUCGGGCUAGAGAGGAUACUGAGAUAAUUGACCAUAAAGUCAAGGAAAAGGCUAAGCUCCUUCAUCACCUUGCUACUAUCUUGAAGGACAAAGCUCAGGCCAGGUUGAAAAGUGCUGCUGAUGAGCAUUGGAGUGAUGGAGCCUUAAAGGCUGAUUUGCAUCUUGCUGACUUCCGAGCUAAACAACGUGCAAUAGAAGAUGCCCUGAUGGCCUUGGAGUUUGCAAAAAACAUCCAUGACAAGAUGGUUAACCGGAUGUAUGAAUUAAACAAAAGUUCUCUACCAGCAAAUAAUGUGGGAGGUUGUAUAAAAUAUCAGAAGAACACGGAAAUCAUUGAUUUCUUUCCCAUGGAUGUGUCUACUGACAAAAUUGCAGUUAUACAGGAAGCUUACUGGAGUAUGACAUCAGCACUUUCUGAAGCUGAUGGAAUUGAUUACACUGAUCCUGAAGAGCUUGAGUUGCUGAUUACUGCCCUUAUAGACCUUGAUGCAUUGGAUGGGAAGCAAAGUGCAUCCUUGUUGGCAGAGUGUGCAAGAUCUCCUGAUGUCAGUACACGACAAGCAUUAGCAAAUGCAUUGGCGAAAGCCCCAUCCACAUGGGCUUUAGGAAAUGCGGGCAUGGGAGCAUUACAGCGGCUGGCAAAAGAUAGCAGCCCCGCAAUCGCUGCUGCAGCAUCCAGAGCUAUUUAUAAAUUGAAUAAACAAUGGGAAAUAGAGGAAGGUUACGGCAGAGGGAAAACAAAGCAGCCGAGAAUCUGACAGCUAAGAAGAUACCUGCUGAGAUAUACUUGAAACCUUGAUCUCCUGAAGGUGAUUGCUGCUGGUGUGAGGAACUUGCUAUAUCUGAUGGUUAUAUGCAUUAUAGAACGCAGGGUAAGCUUUCCUUGUGUGUGCAGAAAGUGAGCAGACUGUUUCUCUGUCAGCAUAUAUUCAUUUAUGGGGCAAGUGGCGACAUCUGCAUAAUUCGGGGAGGGUAAAUUCAUGCGAUAGUGUAAAUUUAUUUCCCUUAAUGUUAGAUCAUCUAAAUAUGUUAGACAAAAUGAUUCUGUGAACAAAAUGAAAAUGAAACAUCAUUUUGCCUUUCC